CGACAGCCCUAAUGUCGUUGCCAAUGAAUUCACUGUACUCGCUCACCUGGGGCGAUUAUGGCACAUCUCUGGUAUCAGCCAUACAAUUGUUGCGGUGCCAUGGAGACCUCGUCGAUUGCACACUGGCAGCCGGCGGACGCAGUUUCCCAGCCCAUAAAAUCGUGCUCUGUGCGGCUUCUCCAUUUCUAUUGGACUUGCUAAAGAACACGCCAUGCAAACAUCCAGUGGUGAUGUUGGCCGGCGUCAAUGCCAACGAUUUGGAGGCACUGCUGGAGUUCGUCUAUCGGGGCGAGGUAAGCGUCGAUCAUGCGCAGCUGCCAUCGCUGCUGCAGGCGGCGCAGUGCCUCAAUAUUCAGGGCCUGGCACCGCAGACAGUGACUAAGGAUGACUACACAACGCACUCGAUACAACUGCAGCAUAUGAUACCCCAGCACCAUGACCAGGAUCAAUUGAUAGCAACUAUUGCCACGGCUCCGCAGCAAACUGUGCACGCGCAGGUUGUAGAGGAUAUACACCACCAGGGACAGAUUCUGCAGGCAACCACACAGACUAAUGCAGCCGGACAUCAGCAAACGAUUGUGACAGCAGACGCAUCCAAGCACGAUCAGGCAGUAAUCCAGAGUUUCUUGCCGGCACGCAAGCGAAAACCGCGCGUCAAGAAAAUGUCACCAUCGGCACCGAAGGUCCCUAAAAUUGAAGGCAUGGACACGAUUAUGGGCACACCGACAUCCUCUCAGUUGGCCGCACAGCAGCAGCAGCAAGUAGUGCAGCAACAGCAGGUUCUGGACGAAAAUGGCGCCGAAACGCAACUGUUAACCAGCACACCGAUCAUCAAAAGCGAAGGACAAAAGGUUGAGACAAUUGUCACAAUGGACCCCAACAAUAUGAUACCCGUGACAUCGGCAAAUGCGGCCACUGGAGAAAUAACAACUGCGUCUGGAACAACCGUAACGCCCGGCGCCAGCGGCAGUACCGCCACGCCAAAGGCCAAACGCACUAAACAUCCGCCUGGGACAGAAAAGCCUCGGUCACGCUCACAAUCGGAACAACCUGCUACUUGCCCCAUUUGCUAUGCCGUCAUACGUCAAUCGCGCAAUCUGCGUCGCCAUCUCGAGCUGCGGCACUUUGCCAAGCCGGGCAUCAAAAAGGAGAAGAAAACACCCAGCGGCAAGAAACCUGGCGGCAGCACACCCGGCUCUGUGCAGUCGCAGUCGGGCGGCAGCGGCGCGCUGAGCUCCAGCGGAGUUGUGCCCCAAGUGCAGACGGUGCAGUCGCUUCAUCCGAUGCAGAGCGUACAAGUCAAAAAGGAUCCCGAUGCACAACAGCAGCAGCAACAACAACAACAGCAGCAGCAACAGCAACAGCAACAAGCAAUGACAGUUACCACCACGGCCGGGGGCCAAGUGCAACAGCAGCAGGUGCAGCAGGUUCAGGUGCAACAGCAACAGCCACUGCAGCAUCACCAGAUUAUCGAUUCGUCUGGCAACAUGACAACGCCCACAACCAGUGCCCAGGCGGCCGCCCAGCAACAGGCGAACAAUCAGCAGCAGCAGCAACAGCAGCUGGUCGCCCAGUCAGAUGGUAGUGAGAGCGGUACGCCGUUAUCUAUUGCCCAGGUGCAAACGUUGCAGGGUCAUCAGAUAAUUGGCAAUUUGAAUCAGGUGAAUAUGACUGAUUUUCAACAGCAACAACAAUCACAACAACAACAACAGCAGCAGCAGCAACAGCAGCAGCAGCAACAACAACAAACACAACCACCACAGACGCUUUGAGUAGCACGUACAGCUCUGACGAAUCGAACCGAAUCAUAGACCCCUUUAUUAUAAACCCAAUCCCUGACUUGGUUCUCCAAUAUGCUUAACUCUUCCCGGAAUGUGUGUAGUAAAAUAUGGUAUAUACCAUCUAAACUAGGAUAUGUGGAGCGAACUAUGCAACCCAAUGGCAAACUGUGCUAGCGCCUAGACAACUAUUUUUAAUCUGGGCCCGAUCAGAUCAGAUAAAAACUUAAAUCAGGUCUGCAAACCAGCUUAGGAUCUAUUCCGAUUCCAAUAAGUUCUCACCAUCAUAUACAACUUAAAUUGUUUUCUUAAAAUGUUGCUUACAUAACAGAUUAAGGUUUAAACCUCAAGUCAGGUAGCUGGUUCUGGUUCUGAUAGAGAAACGAUUUAUAUAUCAACAUGUUUAAAUAUGCUUUUGUGUGUGAUUUGCAAAUAGUUCCAGUUCCCGAAACGGGAGUCAGUUGUCAUGAAGUUGUCACGGGUUUGCUCUGCAUAUCACAAGUGCCUUUAGUUUUUAUAAUCCAUUUUGUUGUACAAUUUUGUUAACUUUAAAUAUUGAUUUGGCUACAAAUAUUUUGUUCUGCAAUACUUAGUUAUUAUUUAAGAACGCCCUAUGGUUAUUGGACUAUGUAAUGUGCUGUAGUUUGACAUGUCCCACGCCCCCUCCCAAUCCAUGUAAUGUGUAUGUAGUCUUAAUUGGACAGACUAGACAAGCUAGUCAAACUUAAUAUCUGAUCAGUGUAGUGUUAUUGUGGACCUGCCCGAAAGUCGGGUCAAUUGUAAGCAAUUGUUUUGUGAAUAUUUACAUGACUUUUGCAUUGUGUAGAUUGUCUUAAAUAUGUUUAGCUAAAAUUAUCUAAAGCAAAGUGAGGUUCAAUUGUAGUUUGUCUGACGGAGAUAAGAUCUAUAUAUUGAGUUAAUGCUGUCCACUUGGACCUGUACUUCUGCCUUAACUCUGCUCUUACCAAGCAGCUAUCUAUAAGCUUUAGUUUCUCUUAUUUUCUCCGCUCUUAGACCAAAAUAGCUUUGGUGCUACACUGUACAAAAUGAUGUACACUAUACACUUUAUAUUUAAUAUACAAAAAGCUCUUUAUAUUUACAUAAUUAUUUUUUAAUCUUAAUAGUUGCAAAUUUUUUUAAAUAAGUCGCCUUUUUUUGGAUUAGGUCAUAUAUUUGCCUUGAUUUUUACUUAGAAAUUAUACACAACAAAAAUUAUAUCAAUUUUUAUUUACUUUUCGUCUUUAAAUGUAGCAAAUAUUUGGCCUGUCUAAAAAAUACCUUAACUCUUAUGACUUAAAUAAAAUAAAAUUUUAUUUAAA